GCUUUUCAAAAAGUAGGAUCUUUUUUUGGUUUCAUCUGCAUGGCUGUAAGGCUUUUUGUGUACCUGCAAGGCUUUUUGUGUACCCUAUAAAGCUUACACGAGGAUUUUGCUGCUCCCUCACCUUCUCUUUCUCUUUAUGACAAUCCUCUGCCUUUCCAAUUCUGGAGAAUUACCUAGUUCUCCCUCUCCCAACAUGCCGCUUCUUAACGCUAAAACCAGUCUCUUAAACGGCCAGAAUCUUGGCUUGAUGUCGACUGUUUGGUACCGAUUCUCUGGUGUCUCUUAAGUUCUUCUGAAGAAGCCUCGAACUCAUAAAUUGACAUUGGAGAUCAGUUUUAGAGCGAGCGUAUGCCUACAAACAAGUACAACGGCAAUUCAACUCAUUUCCCUAGUCGUGUUGAGCGGCUCUUGAGAGAAAGAAAGCUAAGGAAGAGCAGUAGAGACACACAUCCAAAUGAGGUGACUGAUAAUCACAAGGGCAAUGAAGUAUAUGAAAACGACCUGCAAUCUAGAGAAGACGAUAACUUGCCAAAUUCAUAUAUUGAAAAAUUCUUGGACGGGGCUGUGGCUGCAAGGGCACUUUCCGAAGUAUGUGAGAAGGAAGACAGUAGACCUUCCAGGCAACGACUUUUGGUUGUGGCUAAUAGGCUGCCUGUAUCUGCAGUUCGGAGAGGUGAAGAUGCAUGGUCUCUAGAGAUAAGUGGAGGGGGUCUAGUAAGCGCUCUUCUGGGUGUGAAGGACUUUGAGGCAAGAUGGAUAGGGUGGGCGGGUGUUAAUGUGCCAGAUGAGAUUGGGCAGAAGGCACUUACAAAAGCUUUGGCCGAGAAGAGAUGUAUCCCUGUAUUUCUUGAUGAAGAGAUUGUUCAUCAGUAUUAUAAUGGCUAUUGCAACAAUAUCUUGUGGCCUCUUUUUCAUUACCUUGGACUUCCGCAAGAAGACCGCCUUGCCACCACCAGAAGUUUCCAGUCUCAGUUUGAAGCAUAUAAGAAGGCGAAUCAAAUGUUUGCGGAUGUGGUAAAUAAACACUAUGAAGAAGGGGAUGUUGUCUGGUGCCAUGACUACCAUCUUAUGUUCCUACCAGAAUGCCUGAAGGAAUACAACAACAAAAUGAAAGUGGGGUGGUUUCUCCAUACACCUUUUCCUUCUUCUGAAAUUCACAGGACACUGCCAUCUCGGUCAGAGCUGCUUCGCUCUGUUCUUGCUGCAGAUUUAGUUGGAUUUCACACUUACGACUAUGCAAGACAUUUUGUAAGUGCUUGUACUCGUAUUCUUGGACUUGAGGGCACCCCUGAAGGAGUUGAGGACCAAGGAAGGCUGACUCGAGUAGCUGCGUUUCCUAUUGGAAUAGACUCAGCUCGGUUCAUAAGUGCACUUGAGCUUCCUCAGGUUAAGGAACACAUCAGAGAAUUAAAAGAGAGAUUUGCUGGACGCAAGGUGAUGCUAGGUGUUGAUCGGCUUGACAUGAUUAAAGGAAUUCCUCAAAAGAUACUGGCUUUUGAGAAAUUUCUUGAGGAAAAUCUUACCUGGCGUGAUAAGGUGGUUUUGUUGCAAAUUGCAGUGCCUACAAGGACUGAUGUUCCUGAGUAUCAAAAACUUACAAGCCAAGUCCAUGAAAUUGUUGGGCGCAUUAAUGGCAGAUUUGGAACAUUGACUGCUGUUCCAAUACAUCACCUGGAUCGCUCCCUCGAUUUCCAUGCAUUGUGUGCGCUCUAUGCUGUUACUGAUGUAGCACUUGUUACUUCUUUGCGGGAUGGAAUGAAUCUUGUAAGUUAUGAGUUUGUGGCGUGCCAAGACUCGAAGAAAGGGGUUCUCAUUCUUAGCGAGUUUGCCGGCGCAGCACAGUCUCUGGGUGCUGGAGCAAUUCUGGUGAACCCUUGGAAUAUUACAGAGGUCGCUGCUUCAAUUGGUCUGGCUCUGAAUAUGUCAGCCGAGGAAAGAGAGAAGCGACAUCGGCAUAAUUUUGAUCAUGUGAAAAGCCAUACUGCUCAAGAAUGGGCUGAGACAUUUGUUAGUGAACUUAAUGAUACUGUCGUGGAGGCCGAACUAAGGACAAGCCAAGUCCCACCUGGUCUUCCAGAGAACAAGGCAAUUGAACAAUACUUCCAGUCCUGUAACCGACUGCUCAUACUGGGGUUUAAUGCAACAUUGACUGAACCAGUUGACACUUCUGGGAGAAGAGGUGAUCAAAUUAAAGAAAUGGAAUUGAAAUUGCAUCCAGAGGUGAAAGGAUCCUUGACUGCACUUUGUAGUGAUGCAAAGACAACCGUGGUUGUUCUCAGUGGGAGUCAUAGUAGUGUCAUGGAUGAAAAUUUCGGAGAGUUUGACAUGUGGUUGGCAGCCGAACAUGGGAUGUUUUUACGUCAUACCAAGGGAGAAUGGAUGACAACAAUGCCAGAACACUUAAAUAUGGAAUGGGUUGAGAGCGUGCAGCAUGUCUUUGAGUACUUCACGGAACGAACACCUCGAUCACAUUUUGAACAACGUGAAACAUCACUUUUAUGGAAUUACAAAUAUGCAGAUGUUGAAUUUGGAAGACUUCAAGCAAGGGAUAUGUUACAGCAUCUGUGGACAGGUCCGAUAUCUAAUGCAUCUCUUGAUGUGGUCCAGGGUAGCCGAUCAGUUGAGGUUCGAGCAGUAGGUGUUACAAAGGGUGCUGCAAUUGAUCGGAUAUUGGGAGAGAUUGUUCACAGUAAAUCCAUGACAACACCAAUUGAUUAUGUCCUGUGUAUUGGGCACUUCUUGGGAAAGGAUGAAGAUGUGUACACCUUCUUCGAGCCUGAGCUCCCUUCUGACCCUAGUUGUGUUGGAAGAGCAAAGCCAACUGAUGGACUGAAAUCGCCAAGUGAAAGAAGAGCUCUGAAGCUUCCACCCAAUAGAAGUGGGACGAAAUCAUCUCAAGGUAGGAUGCAACGACCUUCUCCGAACACUGAGAAGAAAUAUACAAAUCACAGCACAGGAACUGCACGACGGGCAUCACCAGAAAAGAUGUCAUGGAAUGUCCUUGAUCUCAAGGGAAAAAACUACUUUUCCUGUUCUGUUGGGCGCAAUCGCACAAAGGCUCGGUAUCUUCUUGGAUCAUCAGAUGUCGUCCCUUUUCUUAAGAAACUAGCCGGUGCAUCAUCAUCCAGCGUUUCGCUUGCACCAAACAGUUGAAAGUUUUAUCAUCUGGCACAUUGUGGUUCAUGAUCCGGUUCAGGAAUUCGCAUUGCUAGCUCCGGAUUUUCAGAGGCAUUGGGAGGUAACAAGAAUGGCUUUUGCCAUAACAUUCCUCCUUUCUUCUCCUUUAACCUGUUUAGCAACUAUGCAGAUCUAUCUAGAUGAGUCUGGAAUUUUUAUAAGAUCAGAAAUAAAGAUCUUGGACUAUUUUGGGAAGCAGCUGUGUUAUUUGAAAAGUGUGAGAGGUGCAAGAGCUUUAUUUAUGUACCAAUUGGUUGAUUUAUGUCAAUCCGAUGUGGAAUAUUAAUAUUGACAUUCCUCUA